GGAGACCUGCUGAGCUCUGAUUUGAAAGCACAUUAAAGGCAACAGGGUGCUGCUGCUGGGGGGUGUUCCUUCUCCGUGUCCUUGUGGCCCUGGCCAAGCCUGGUUGAACGUCAGCUGGGAUGAAGACUUGCCAAAGCAAGAAAUCCCAAAAGGGCUCUGCUGUCAGAUGGGGAGAUGCCAGGGGGCUGGAACGCCUCCUCUGACAGCCCGGAGCUGCGAGCAGCAGGGAUCAUCGUGCCCAUCAUCUUCUCCCUCAUCUUCCUCCUGGGCACCGUGGGGAACGGGCUGGUGCUGGCCGUGCUGCUACGGAACGGCCAAGUGAAGUAUAACACCACCAACCUCUUCAUCCUCAACCUGGCCAUGGCCGACCUGUGCUUCAUCGUCUGCUGUGUCCCCUUCCAGGCCACCAUUUACACCCUGGACGGGUGGCUCUUCGGGGCCUUUGCCUGCAAGGCCGUGCAUUUUCUCAUCUACCUCACCAUGUACGCCAGCAGCUUCACCCUGGCUGCGGUCUCCAUUGACAGGUACCUGGCCAUCCGCUACCCACUGAAGUCCCGGGAUCUCCGCACCACCCGAAACGCAGGAGUGGCCAUCGUAGUGAUCUGGUCGCUGUCCCUGCUCUUUGCAGGGCCUUACCUCAGUUACUACCAGAUUGUCCAUUACCACGGGGUGCCCAUCUGCGUCCCCAUCUGGGAGGACCAGCGCCGAAAAAUUCUGGACAUCCUCACAUUUGUCUUUGGAUACCUCUUACCCGUGACUGUGGUGAGCCUGGCGUAUGCCAGGACCAUCAAGUUCCUGUGGACCUCCGUAGACCCCGUUGAAAGGAUCUCGGAGUCCCGUAAGGCCAAGCGGAAGGUCACCAAGAUGAUUGUGGCUGUUGCUAUCUUGUUCUGCCUCUGUUGGCUUCCCCACCAUCUGGUCAUCCUCUGCUUCUGGUUUGGCCACUUCCCCUUCAACAGAGCCACGUAUGCCUGCCGCCUGGCUUCCCACUGCCUUUCGUACGCCAAUUCCUGCCUCAACCCCAUCGUCUAUGCCCUCAUCUCCAAGCACUUCCGAAAGCGUUUCAAGCAGGUCUUCACCUGCCUCUUCUUCCAGAACAAGAACAGGAAGAAGAAGAAGCGAGUUGGAAAUCAAGUCCACGUGGUCAACGUGGGCAAAGGUUUCACCAACAGCACCGGAGGCUUCUGUGGAGGCAACACGGAGGUGACCCAGGUCCCACGGGAGAACAGCAGGAGGAGGGACGCGGAAGGUGCCAACCAUGCCAGAGCAUGGACUCACCAGCUACAAGACGCCAUGGCCUCUGCUCAGAAGGAACUGCUGGAGGAGGAAAGCUUGGUAACAGCUGGCAAUCUCCUAGCCAUGACCCCCCCGAGAAGAUCUCAGGAGUGUCUGACCGUUCACUAUAAAUGAACGAAGCAAAGAAACCUCUUCUCCAGCCAGUGAGUGAACACUCCGCUCCAGAAUAAUGUGGGGCAUUGGUAUUUCUUCAUCAUGAGGAGUUUCAUCCCUUCCUCCUGGGGCUGGAGGACCUGUUGCUCUCUGAGCAGUGAUGCUAUUUGGUGAAAUUAGCUCUAUGUGCAUGGUUUACUGACUUGGCAAGACACUUUUUUUCCAUGUAAUGACUAUUUUGGUGGCACCCACGUGCACUUAGUUCAAUCUUUUCUCCUCAGUGCCCCUUCCAACCUAAUGGAGAGGGCUUCCAGGAGAGCGCGAGGCCUACACCAGCCGGUGGGCUGGGACAUCUUCCACAACACUCAUCGCUGUGGGACUGCUGUGGGACCCCUGUCCUCCUGGGAGCAAGACUUACCCCUGCUUUGUUCCUUGUUGGCCACCCUGCCCUGAACAGCCACAGAGGAGGCUUUGUUUGUGGUAACAGUUGAACGACACCCCACAGGAGGGCCGAGCGUCCCUGCUCACAAAGCUGAGCUCAAGCGCUGCAGAGCUCAACAACCCCCUCCAAAAUCCCACAGCCAGGCCUCAGAUGCCUUAUCCGCAAAGCGUUAAACCUGCCACUGCGCUGUUCCAGCUCAGUAUUUACAGUAAAUAUUGCAUGCUUGCAACAGCCCUCGUUUUCCUUAAUUGCAGAUGGCAUUUGCUCGGUGCUGUGUGGCUAAUGAGUGUGUAACUUCUAGUGUGAAGCAAAUCUAUGCUGAUAAUGCCCUAAGAGCAGAUGAAAAAGAGAAAGCUUGGCAAAAAGUGUCUAGUGAGGGCAGUGACACUUGUGGGACACUGCAGAGUUUCGUGCUGGAGCUGACUGUCAUGGCAUCAGUAGGUUUCAGAGUGAACGUGUUUGCCCUGAAUGGGGUGGAUGGCAAUUUUUUCCUGACAGUUCACUUCUUGCCUGCCCACAGCCAGCACGUGCGUGGAGCUAACCCUCCCAGCAAGGCCCCUGAGGCUGGUUUUCCAGGAGGAGACGCAGAGGCCAGGUGGUGCGGCAGACUGCAGGCUGGAAAUCCGCGGGGACCGCGCUGCUCACUUCACAGCUAAUUCAGACAGCGAGGGAGCCCCAGCUGGGAGAGAGGAGCCAUUUGCUGCCAGCCCACUGCCGAAUGCCAGCAUGCCAAAUGCAAUCGUUGGAGGCAGCACGGCCCCGUCAGUGGUGCCCCGAGCCCUGCGCAGGCUGUGGAAACCCUGGUGGCCUUCCUUGCCCCUGUGUCUGGUGGGAUCUUGGAGAUGCAGCUGAAGGUUGCGGUCAUAGGUGAAAAAAUUUUGGCUCUGUCCUUGUCCUCUGGCACUUUCAGUGCUAUGGGCACUGUAGAGUGGGGAUGAGGACACCUGGCAGCAAUGGGAUCUGGGGGUUUGAAGGGCUCUGGUGCGUGCAAGAUGCUGCAGACCUCGCAGCAGAGCUACACCCUCCCACCCCCCUUUUAUUCCUCUUCUCUUCACAUCCCCUGCCUCUGCUUGCGUAAAUCUUCCCUUAUUGCUUUGUCCUGCCCACUCGUCAAAUUCCCAGGCGACGUGGCAUUUCUAACCCUCGCUGACGCUGAUGUGCAGCUUGUUAGAGCUCAGCUGCAAGGACACCCCCUUCCCCGCGCUGAGGUCAACUCCGUUGCUGCGCUGGGGAUUAUUCUUCUUUUCCCACUUAAGUGUUUGAUGUUGAUUUCCACCUUUCCAUGGCCUGCUGGCAUGUCACACCAGCCUCCAGGUACAAAAAUCUGCAUCGUUUCCAGAUGCAAAAGCCCAUUUCGCAGCCCAAAGUGCUGGAAGGAGAAGGGAACAGUGGUCAGGUUGCUCUGAUCCUGCUCCUCGUGGGUUCUGCUUGCAGAGGGAGCAGACCAGGUCAGGGCUGAGUGUUGUGUAUUGGGGUGAAGCCUAAAUAACACGGGACAAAGAGGACGGGAGAAAACCUGCGUGAGAAGGUUAAUUUAGCCCAGCAAGCCUCUGCAAGCCCAAGCUCCCAUUCCUCAGCUCUCUGGGGCUGAGCCCCUGUUUUGGGGAGCACGUGAGCGGGAAGGGCAGACGCUGUGUCUGGCUUGGGGAGCUCCCAUAGCCAGGAGGGAAUUCCAGUCUGCCCAGUAACAGCACGCAUGCUCCAACUGGUCCAGUGGCUCAAAGCUAGGGGAGAAGAAAAUGUGACUUCUCCUUGAUACCGCGCUGGCUGUAAUUAAAGCUGAAGGAGCUUGAUUGCUGUUCUGCACGCAGCCUCCCCGUCAGACUGAUUAGCGUUCGGCGGUCUCUGCUUCCAGCUUUUCACCUUAAUUAAUGAUUACUUGCUUAUAUUUUCUUCCCUACUUCUCAUCACUCGGGCUGAUGAGCUUGGCUUUAACCCUCUCAGGGCUGGCUGCACCUGGGCAGUGGCCUGACUGCAGCUCAGUGGGGUGGUGAGGGCAGGCUGGGCAGCUGCCUCUGCCAUAAAAUCAGGCAAGGGACAGCUUUGGGGUGAGGUGACAGUCGUGGACAGCAUGUCCUAGUGGUUUUGUGCUGCUCCUGGUACGUGGGCCUUUCCCUGAUGAGCCCGUUAGCUAUAGGAAACUCUGCUUAUUUGCUUUUGGGUUUAGCCGCCUGUCUUCUGGUUCCUAAUCCGUGACCAGGCUUAGCAGGCUGCCAGCUGAUUAUUUCAGCUCUUCUGCAAGCCACAUGGUAUCUUCCCCUCUCAGAGCUUUCAGAAGAAAAAAAAAAAAAAAAAAAGAAUGAAAGAAAACAACAGAUGAGUGCUAUUUGCUGCAUCUCCUUCAUCAGCCUCCUAAUCAAAACUGCUGGCUCUUCCACCGAGCCAUCCCCUGGGCCCUGGGGCUCGGGGCCGCUCUCCCACGCUGGCUGGGUGCAGUGCACGAGGAAAGCAUCUUUCCGCCAGUACCUUUCCAUGACGGAGGAGAUGAAAUCCAGCUUGCUCGCUGAACGAGCCGAGGAAACAGCUGAAAGGGUGGAUGGUUUGCUGGAGAUGCUUCACGGGGCUUCCUUAGCAGCACGGAGGAUCAUUAGCAUGAUGGAUUUGGAAAGGUAAAAGCGGAGGCAGUAAUGGUGUUCAGAUGUGGGCUCGAUACCCUGGAGUUUAAUUAUUUCAACUGCUGAAAAGUGAAAAAGGUAGCAGCUUCCCGAUGCUCACGCGUUACCGCAGCACACGCUUCGCAUUCACUAGCAUGGGUGAGUGGCUGCUUCAGAGCAAGGCCUUUUGCUUGGAAACAUCCACGCGGCUUUGCUGGGAGGCUUCGUACUCCAGAGGAGCCAGAUCCUCAGCUCCUCAGCCUGGCUGGUUUUAUCUGUGUCUUACAAGCACUUCAUGCAGGGCUGAGGGGCUGCUGAGGUCGCUGCGGAGCCGUGCGCUGGAUGGAGAGGGGAAUUAAUUCAAGUGCAUUUGGAGGUACAGUGGUGAGGGGAGAGCAGGGCUUUGGGUCAGGUCCUGUCUGCCAGAGCCUGCUGGCAGCCUGGCGCCACGGCCCUGAGGAGGAGGAUGGGCACCGCCACUCGAGGAAGGCCUGAAAUGCGGUGCCUGGCAGUGUAAUGCAAGGGAAAAGGGGAGAUGGACCGAGUUUAAUGGCAAAAUAAACAGCAGAGUGAAGCCCUGUGCUGUCGUUUUCAUCAUUACCGUAGCAGACACCUCUGUGGGAAGCUGCCACCAACCUCACACCUCCGGGCUGCGCAGGCAAAUCCAUGGCCAGGGUGCGAGGGCAGGGGGAAAAGCUGCUGGGUGAGGCUCAAAACGUCGUGCCAGGAGCAGAAGGAAAAGCAGAUGGAGCCCGGGAGCAGCUCCCAGCACAGCGUGAAGCCACGCUCGCUUUCUCCCCCAGACCCUGUUCAUUCCCUCCCCAGCACCUGACUCCCUGCUGAGACAGAGCUGCGGAGCACGGCCAGCUGACCCAACAAAUGGUGUGGGGUGAUUCCUCUCUUAUUUUUCUCCCCGCUGGAAAUCAGAUCCCAUUUUCUUUAUCUGUUUCCACUGAAGCAGCAGCAAAGCCAGCGAUGAGGCUGCUCUUAGCUGCCUCAGCUCAUUGUGCCAGCCUCCAGGGGCCUGCCAGCGCUGCCUCACCUCCCGCGGAGGCGGCAGUGCUGCGAGAGGCAAGGCAACAACACUCCUGGGUGGCUGCAGCACCCUCACCUUUCCACUCCAAGCACAGAGCGAGGAGCACUUACGGAAAAGCUCCAGCACCAGGCAAAACUGAAGGCCUGAAGAGCUU